AUGGGAGCUGGGUGCUCAUCAGCAUUAACUCAGAUUUCGCAACUACAACUGGAAGACAGAACGAUGUUGUAUUUGAAUACAACCCAAGAGCUAGCCAUUCUCCAAUUAUAUUCAGAAGAAAUAACCAAGCUAUUAGAAAGUAUAUAUGAAAACGAAUCAUUGGGAAAAGGAUUCUGUUCAUUAUUGCAAGCCGGUCAUAUAAACAAUUUACGAACUUUGUCGGAUACUAAACAGUUGUUUUCUACUCAGUUAUGGGGUGACUUGUUUGGAAGUCCUCUUUUGAAAGUUCUGUAUGAAACUGUGUUGAACUUUCUGAAAGAUGUCAAUGAAAACCUGCACAGAUGCAUCAGCUUAACUUCUGAGAAUGUGCGAACUUGUUCGUUCGGGUUAGUAUUACAGCAUAUAGAUAAGAUAAUGGAUCUAUUGGACGUUACAUAUGUGCUUAACCAUUUGAAAAAGAUAAACAAGAGUUAUGAACAUAUAUGUUCAAAGUUGACUGAGUCCCUAAAAGAUGUCGAGAAGAUUUCAUUGAAAAAGAAAAUAGUGAUUAGAACAAUACCCUUCUUCGGUAAAAUGGCUUGCAUGGAUGUAUUGAAAGCUUUGUACGAUUCAUCCGGCUCUGAGUUUGUCGAAAGCAUUCAACCAGGGUUUCUACGCAUUUAUGAGUACCAAGACGCGGAAAGGGAAGCUCCUCAAUCGGUCGUGAAGUUUUAUCCGAUAUCAGUAUCAGCGUGUUUGAACGACAUCACAGAAGGAGUCAUUGAUGUCGACCUAGCUUGGGAAGACUUACCCGCGACAGGAAUGAAGAAGUGUCUGUGGGAUAUAUUAGAUCAGAGGUCUUUCAAUGAAAACCCAAUUGUGCUGAGGAGCUAUCAGAAAGAACUCGCCAGAGACGCCGUAAGCGGAAAGAACUGUGUAGUUUCCGCUCCGACCGGCUCCGGAAAAACUAUUAUAGCAGCCCAUAUUGUUAAAGAACAUAUCCUCAAACGAUAUGGAAAGAGCUAUUAUAAGGUGUUGUUCCUUGUCAAUUCCACUCCAAUCCUAGUACAACAAACUUCAGUCAUCAACCGGUUUCUGGAGCAUAAAUUCCAAGUUGGAUAUACAUCUGGUAUCCAGAACGAUCCUGUUCAUAUACUGUUAGAAACAAAAGAUGUACUGGUCUGCACUCCUCAAAUCAUAGUAAAUUUGCUAUGGGACGCUGAGAACGGUUUGAACGAAGGCCGUGAACCGUUUUCCCUCUCUAAAUUCUCUUUGAUCAUUUUUGACGAAUGUCAUAACACCAAAAAGCUCUCCCCCUACGCAGAGCUAAUGCAACGGUAUCAUUCUAUGAAGUUUACUGGCCGUCAUAAUAAUUUGCCCCAGAUUGUUGGCUUAACUGCUUCGUUAGGUGUUGGAGCUAAAUCCAAGAACUUAGAGGAAGCGGUUGAUCAUAUAGUAACAACCUGUGCAAAGUUAGACUGUCGGAUUAUCAGUCAAGUAAAACAAAACAAAAGCGAAAUGAAAGAUUUCGUAACACAAGCUACCGACCGCAUUCAUAAGAUGGAAGACUCUUGUCAUACUCGUCAACAAUUCCUCACGAUUAUCAAAAACUUCAUGAUCCUUGUUGAGGCUAAAAGUAGAAAGCUGCUCGAAGAGAAUGAUAUCGAUAGAAAUUCUUUGUGCGUAGCACGAUUGACCGAUUCUCAACCUUUCAGAAUACGUGAAGUUCCCUGUCCAACUUCAGAAGUGUAUGAGAAUUUUAUCAGUUGUCAUCUUGGUUUGAAUAUCCCUGAAAGUUCUAUACCCGGCUCAGUCAAGAAACUGAUUACUCUAUAUUUCGAAGUUCUACAGAGUUGUUGCCGGGCUAUGGAUAUUCAUAGGAACUUUAGUUCGUCGAUUGCUUUGGAAGCUUUGGAGAGCGAUAUGGAAGAAUUGCUAUUAUCUCCAGAAUUGGAAACUUUAUGGAAAAUUACUUCGUUGAAUCUGAAGUCGAGCAGUACUAGUUCCAGCCAAAUGAUUGAUAGGGUUGUACAGCUCUUAGAAUCGAAAAGUAAGCAAUCUGCCGAUUUCCGCGCUAUUAUCUUUGUGAAAACACGAGCAGGAACCAUGUUCCUAGCUAAUAUACUAAACAAUCGAGCUGAGCUCAAAAAUAAUGGAAUUGUUUCAUCUGCUUUGAUUGGUACCAACCGACAGGGUACAAGUGAGAAGAUUAACAAAAGUGAGCAAUCAGAGAUAAUAGAGAAGUUCACUAACGGAACUUCGAAAGUCCUCGUUGCGACGUCAACUGCCGAAGAAGGAUUGGAUAUACUGAAAUGCAAUCUUGUCAUAAAGUAUAAUUAUGUCACCAAUGAGAUUGCUCAUGUCCAACGGAGAGGACGUGGAAGAGCUGCUGAUGCGGAAUGUGUUUUCAUAACUACUUGCCCACUUCAACAAAGUAGGGAGGAAUCGAACUGCAUGAAGGAGCAAUUGAUGUCUGAAGCUCUAGAAUAUCUACAACCACAUAUUCUAGAAAGAAAGGUGGCCAUCGCAGUAGAGGAUGAAAUCGAUAGUAUCAGAAGGAGAAGAGCUCUGAAGGCUCAACGGCAAAAAAGAAAUCCAUCUGAGAUAUAUACGUUGUGCUGCAGCAAGUGUGAUAAAGAACUAUGCAAGAGCGUGGAUGUUAAAGUUUACAGAGAGAAUUUGUACGUUGUCAUCAAUCCUGCAAUUUUACCUAAUAUCAAGAGAUCAGAAAUACCAGAGGAUGUGAUAAACGAAAACAGAUAUGCGGGUAUCGCAAAUAUUUAUUGUAAAGGUUCCGCCUGUGGUAACGAGCUGGGUAAAAUUCAUAGAAUAGAAGAAGUGGACUUUCCGAGUUUAUCGGCUAAAGCUAUUAUAAUUAAAUACGUGUAUGCUAAUAUGGAAAAACGGGAGAAAAAGAAAAAGUGGUCAUUGAUCUGUGAUUUGUUUCAGCCAUCCCCUUUAGCAACUUAUGAUUUCGCGAACAUGAGGAAGGAAGCGGAAAAACUUUCUUUCAAUAGCCGUUCUUUAAAUGAUUUAGUAAAAUUCGUUUCGAUGUCUUAA